AUGCAGGCGCAGGGAGAGAAUGAAGCUUCCGCUGCACCACUCGCAGAUGGUUCUGUUCGCACUGAAGAAACGGCGGAACAGCUGCAACAGCCGCCAGAACAAGCGGAACAGAGUCGAGCGGUGGCCGGCCUGAGUACACCGGACUCGCCCUUGGGAGGAGCGCCUGGGACGCCGCCCGCUGUUGUGCAAGAUGAAAAUGUUCAUCGCCCUCCCCUCCAGGAAUCUCCUUCUCCAGUCUCUGGGCAAGUUGGAAACUCGGGCGAUCAGGAACAGCAACCUCCCCCCCUGGGAACCGUUGUCGACGCAAACACCGCCGCGACGAGUGCCGCAAACAGCGCAGCAGCCGGUGACGCAACCGCCGAGUCAGCCCCCGGCGCAACCGCGGACACAACCGCCGGUGCAGCCACUGACGCAGUAACCGCGGCAGGUGUUGGAACAGCCGCGCAGCAGGCGUUGCAACAGGCACAACAGCCGGGGCAGGAGCAGCUCGGCCAGCAGCAGCAGGCACAGCAACAGCAGGCAGAGCAGCCGGCACAACAAGGGUCACAGCAGCAGAAUGCGCAGCAGGCUGAGCAGCAAAUCCAGCAGCCGGGGGCGGAACAGCGACAAGAAGCUCCCACUGCAGUCGUAGGCACUGCUGGCGUUGGGGAAGCGGCGCAACAGCUGCAACAGCCGAUAAUACCUCAGAGCCCGUCAGUAGCACUACAGGCAGAGCAGAUCAUUCCAGGGCCGGCCCUUCCGAGCACACCGCCUUCGCUGUCGGUAGCAGCCCCUGGGACGCCGCCGCUUGGGCUCCCACAGUUUCCGGCACAGGAGAGCCACCCGGUUGGCGAGCAGCAGCAGCUUCUGCCAUCCGGCGUAAGCGGGGGAUAUGCCCUGAACACCGCUGCGAGUGCGACUGUUCCCUCACCCGGUGAUGCGCAAGAUGGAAAUGCUCAUUGCCCUCCCCCCCCGGAAUCUCCGUCUCCCGUCUCUGAGCAAGUUGGAGACCACUCGGGUGUUCAGGAGCAGAACGAAGCAGCAGCUGUUCAUACGGACCACACUGAGGCCCCGGCGAAUACAGGACAUACAUCAGCUGCAGCUGGUCCACUCGCAUUUGCGACGGGCAAGACAGCCGCUCUGACAUUCCCAGCCCUUAGCGCUGCAGCGUUGUACCACCAGGGGGAUACAGGAGCUGUCGAAAGCCCACCGCUUCCCGAGAGUCGUACUUUCUUAGCGACGCACGCGGCAACCGCAGCGACAGCCGCAGGCGCUGCUGAUACGCCGGAACCGCACGCCGGCGCCCCAACCAAUUCUGCCGCGCCAUCGUCUCCCCUCGCGCCGGUUCAAACUCGGGCAGCGGACGUUGGGGAGAUCGAGGUUGAUGCGGGCGACGGUGGACAGCACUCUCCUACUGGCGGCACCACAGAUGCAAGCACAAUCCUGGGCUGGCUCGGUAGCGUGCUACCGACAAACUUGGAAGGCUCCAUUCCCAUGCCGCGAGACGCGACGCACGAAGAGCGUCAAGAGCUUUGGGGGGAAGCGGCCACGCAGCCUGAGCUUGCACCGACAGAAGAGAUCACAGCGCUGGACGGCGGCAAGCCCAGCCCUGCAAAUGUUGCGUCCGGACCAGAACAAGAUGAUCAGUCCGGUGGGACAACAGGCAUUCUCGCACACAGCGCAGGAGCGCCAGAGGUGGAGGCCUCACUUUCUGCGAGCAGCACUGACGCGGCGGCAGGUGUGCCUGCUCUUGCUGCUGGGUCUGGGCAGAGCAAUCCGACUGACGAACCUGCAGUUCCGCCCACGGGCGGCGAGGAAGAAGUCGGUAGAGAUUCGGGCAGUGCAGGACAAGAAAACCCCGAAGGAGAAGUGUUUCGAAUUGAGCCGGCUGCAGUUGUAGUUCAUCCGAAUGGCGCCGGGGACGAGAUCGGGGUCGUCGCGAGUAUUCCAACUACGCCUCGUAGCGAGGGUCUCUUGACCGAGGAAGGAGAUGCGCCUCAUCUGACGCUGCAGGGCAGGUCUGGCCAAGAUCAUGAUCCCACCGGUGGACAGGAUCCGGAGCAGCAGGACGCUACUGAAUCUCCCUCGGCUCGCCUGGAAGAUGGAUUGAUUGAUCUGCCCGAGGAAGCUCCUCGUGGUGACGCCAGUGGGAGUGGACUCUCGAUGACUCCUGCGGAUGUUUCCCCUCCGAGUGUGCACGGGACUGAUGGUGCUGCUAUUGACGGAACCGCUGGAGUAGACGCAGUACCACCGGCCUCGGAAGCCGUGGAGGAGCCGGUCUUAGCAGAGCCUCACGAUGUUACUUCGUUAAUAAGCGAGUCUCCGGCGGCUGCUCCCGCAGGCGUUUCAGUGACGCACGAAGAUGAAAAUGGCAACGAACAACGUGCGUCCAGCACCAGCUCCGAGCCGCCAGUUUCUGCGGCCGCAUCGGCAGAAGAAGACCAGCACCCUGCUGCAGGCGAGAAUGUCGAAAUGGCUGAUCCGGGAGCACCAGAAGAGGCUUCAGUUCCUGCGAUCACUGGGGAUGAAGCAGCGGUAAGAACUGUAGGGGAUGCUGCGCCCACUGCGCUAGGCCCACAAGAUCAAGAAGUUCAUGUCGCCACUGAUUCUUCGCGAGAAAAUGAAACUCCGAUUACGCUCGGACGACUUCGACGUGAACAAGCUGAUCAGGUCGAACAAGAGCACGAGGCAGGCUCGAUUGCCGCUGAAGGAGAGGCGGAAGUGGCCGGGAGUAGUUCUGGAGCUGGAGGAGGAGAGAGCAGUGCAACUGUGAAAGCCGAUGGCGGUCCAUCGGGUGGUGGUGUCCUGACGGUUCCCUCUGGUGUCCCUAUCGAAAGUCGUGUGCUAGAACGAGACGAGGCUAUUUCGUUGGCAGCACUAACGAGCAGAGAUGCAGUCAAUGUCGACCCCGCGUCUGCACCGCCUGCCCAGCCGGAUGGAGGUUGUGACGCCGUUGCUACUGAUGCAGCAUCCUCGCAACUGCCAGAUACGAACGCUGGAGAUGAAGCGAUGUCUGGAGAAGAAUCUCGUGUGAGUGCGGGGCCACAGCAGAGCGCAGGAACUGUGGGAGGGAGUACGGUCUUCGCAGGGCCGGCGCCAAUGAGGCGAUGCAGCAGGAAAUCUCCGGGCGUUCAUCCUUACCAGCUGAGCCUUCAGAUCACGGUGAAUGCCCCCGGGGCACCACCAGGUGAAGCCUCCGCUGGGUCCUCGUCGCUGCCACCAGGUUCCUCGUCUUCCGCCACAACAGCACUGCCGAUUUCACCAGGCGCACAGCCUGUUGCUGCUGCAGCUCCGGCAGCCGCUGCCCCAGGUCCUGCUUCUGCGCCAGGAGGAGCAGGAGCGGGAGAAAUUGGAGCAGGAGCGACACAAAUUGGAGCACGACCACAGCGCCCCCAGCCUAGACCGCCAAGUGAAGAAGCAAAAGCCUUUUGCAAGGUGUGGCAGGAGCACACACACCCCGUGUUUCCGCUUGCGCAGCAGCUCGGGGAACAGUGGUGCUUGCAGGCGCACCGAAUCCUCGGGCGGGACGUCCUCUGGGCGGUGCUCGACAGGGGUAUGAACUGGUCACAGGACGGCAGAAAGACAACUUCCCGGACUGUUUUGCGUCCCAUGCCCAAACCGGCCAGACAUUUGAAAGCCACCGGCGGAAACUUGCGUCUACUCCAAAACCACUUUCUCCCGGUCGGGGAGGGAAAGUGGCAGGAGUUGCGGGAGGAGGUUCGUCCGGAAUCGGAGGGCCGAGGUAUGCAGGAGUACGAGGGUAGGAUUGGGCAAGUGAAAAACCUUGUGCAAGCGUACCGGGAGCGACAUACGACAGCUCGAAACCACGAAGGAAGGUGGACCGGUACGAAACUUCAGGUUGUUAUCGCCCACGCAGGUAUGUUACAGCGAGCAGGUCUCAGCGGCCAAGGAAGACAAGACAUCGAAAGAGCAUUCAGACUGUACGCCGCGGGAGUCGAUGCGGCACCAUAGACUGUGCGCUGCACAAGGAGAAGACGAGAGAAGCAGUAUGUUGCCAAUGCCAGAGAUGGGAAGUUAUACGCUGCCAGGAAAAACAAGCGAAGGGCGCGGUGAUGCCGAGAUUUCAUCCUCAUAAGUUAGCGUUAGCGAUCAGGCGGCGUUGGCACAACUGUUGUAGUUUCUCGGAGACUUCACUUUCGAUUGACUUUCUGUAGAGUUAUUGCCAGAGAAAGUUCUAGGGGUGGAGCAAAAUAAGUGUCCUUUUUUGCGACAAGUCGCAGCAGCACAUAUUUCAUUUCUUGCGCCACCCAUCCAGUUUGCACGAUUUGCUUUCAUUCAUAUGAUGAUCAUGAUGAACAUUAUGUGAGGAAAAACUAUCACUACAAGAAAAAUGAAAAACCGCCUCUUAUGAUGUCAGACAAUUGCGAGGUUGCACAAAGAAGGGUCAUGCGGUAAGUCGUGAAGAUUUCAGUUUCGCCAGUCGCCAUGAAAGGACCUAGAUAUUGUCGUUGCAAAAGGUAGCAACCGGUGUCGAGGCUUAGGUCACUCUUGCCGCAGCAUCAUCAAUCUGAAAAGAUCACCAGGUGCUGGAGCGCAACCAAGAAGACGCAAUAGAAAGGAUAGAAUUUGGGCACGACUGAUCAAUAUACAGGAACGAUUAGAAAAGAAGAGAAAUUACAGACUCGCAGCACAAAAGAACAGAUCAAGAAAUAGAGGUGUGGAUGAUAGAGAAGAUAGGUGCAGGGAAAUAAGAAAACUGUAUGAAUGAAGGAGGACCGAAGGACGAAUCGCGCAC